UUUUCAGAUGUAUGUUCCAAUUCUACUGCUGAUACUGAUCGCUACCGUAUAUGGAGGACGUUUCCCGGAUCCUCCUAUAUUUGCAGCACCACAGCACUAUCCGAGCAUUUGUUAUCUUCCACCUGAUUCUGGACUUUGUCCUCAAAGUCCUGGGUCGUCAGAGGACUCGUCACCAGACCUCCUCACAAGAUAUUACUUCGACGUUACAACCGAUCAGUGCUAUCCGUUUGGCGUUCAGAACUGCGGUGGAAACGAGAAUCGCUUCAAAUCCCGAACAGAAUGUCAGACUUACUGUCGCCUAGACAACAAGUAGCUUUAUAAUUUCCAAACUUCUACGAGCACAUUUCUUCUAUCUGUAAGAAGGUGUAUAUAUAUUCAGCAUUAGUGUUGCAUAGAAAUAUCGAACUGUGAUAUCUUUCCAAUCAUACACUCUUCACAAUCUUCCAAAGAAAAUGUCAAAUUUUCGGAAUAUCCUGAGAUUUUCGAAACUUCCUGUGACAGAAAAGAUUCAAAACAUUGUAUUUUUAGAUUUGAGUGAGUGUAUAAUUUUCUUAUGUUGUUAAUAUCUCGUUGUCACUAUCACUUUGGCCUUUCUUCUAUUUCACUUCACCAUUUUUCAAAACGGUGUUAUCAAUACUGUCGUUACUUCACUAUUACUCCUGGGCCACGACUACGGGUGUCCUGUCUUCAUAAUUCUGUGCUUUGAUAAAGUUUCUCUGGAUUUC